AUGGCGAUGGAGAUGGGGCCAAGAGUGGGGGUCACGAGGUGUCUCUUCCAGUCCCAGUGGGGUGGACCCCUGAUGCCAGAAGGUUCUAGUGUUUUGGCACUGAUUGCAUUCAUCUGCAUAGAGACCAUCAUGGAAUGCUCCCCUUGCGAAGGCCUUUAUUUCUUUGAAUUUGUGAGCUGUAGUGCAUUGGUGGUUACUGGAGUUCUGUUGCUUAUGUUCAGUCUAAAUCUUCAUACAAGAAUACCACAGAUCAACUGGAAUCUUACUGAUCUGGUCAACACUGGACUCAGCACUUUCUUCUUUUUCAUUGCCUCUGUAGUACUUGCUGCUUUAAACCAUAAAACUGGAGCAGAAAUUGCUGCUGUGAUAUUUGGUUUCUUGGCAAUGGCAGUGUAUGCUGUGAACACAUAUUUAGCUGUUAAAAAGUGGCGCAUGAGCAGCAGACAGCAGAACAGCCGCCAGCCCAGUGAUUACAUACGUGCUCGGACAGAGUCCAGGGAAGUGGAUCACCGCCCUGAGAUCCAGCGGCUGGAUGCGUGAAAGCGACGCUCAGAUGGGACUGCUGUGGAGAAGUGCUUCACUCCCUCAUGGAACAAAGGGGUUAUUCUUUAUUUAAGGAACAGAAGGAGUAUCAGGUGGUGUCCAAGAAAACCCA